UGAGAAAAAAAAAGACGUGUUGACGAUCACCAAAUUCGAUUUUGUAAAAAUUUCAACGUACAAGCUGGAGUCCACUAAUAUAUCCAAUCAGGACCAUUCGAACCCAGCCCAGCCAAGCCCAGUCUAGUGCAUACAUUACUGAGUAAUACUGUGCCACUAUAUGAGUCAAUAUUAAUUUGAAUCCCAAUAUCUACUUUUGUUAAUUUCCCAUCCAUUGCCUAAUACGUGUAAUAGGAUAUUUUUUCCUGUCUACCUUCCCCAUUAUUUAUAUUGUAUUAUAUAACUACCUACCUUUGUACUUUAUAGUUGUAUCAUAACUUAUUAUACCAUUAUAUCAUUAUGAGCCAUUCACUGUCUCCUACAAGAUCAGGCUCAAUACUAGGUUGGGUGAAAAAUCUAAAGAAAGGUAAUCUUACUUCCAGUGAUAGCGUCGACGAAGUCACGAGUGAUCCCGAUCAGAAAGACAAAGAUCAUCAUCAUCUUAAUUUACUGUCCCACCAUCACCAUCAUCAUCACCAUCAUGGCCAAAACCAACAACCGUUACAAGCUUCAACCAGUCUUGGUCACUCCGAUUCUUCCACUAGAUCACCUUCAAAAUCCAUAUCUGCAAAUCUAUUAAUUCCCCAACUAUCUCAGCUGCAAUCUUCUGUUCAAUCACAAUCACAAUCACAAUCACAACAACAAAUACAACCGUCACCUCCAAGCCAAGACUUCUUACGUCCAAUAUUACAUCACAAGUCAAGAUCCACCAAUAACGUUAAUAGAGUAAGGUCGAAUUCUUUGAAUCAAUCUGAAAAAUCGUCCAGUUUAAGACAACAUCGUGAUUCUUUCUUACAGCAGAAUCCUCUAGUUGAUGAAAAUAGUAAAUAUUUUGGUGUUCCAUUAGAAGUGGCAAAUAGUAUUGCUUCUACAAGUGUAUUAAAUGAUUCUGAUUAUGGUCAAAUUCCUCGUGUCGUAGCUAAGUGUGGAGUGUUCUUAAAGAAAAAUGGUUUAGGAGUUGAAGGGAUUUUUAGAGUAGGUGGUUCAUCAAAAAGAGUUAAAGAAUUACAAUUGAUUUUUAAUUGUCCACCUGAUUUUGGGAAAAAUUUAAAUUGGGAUGGUUAUACUGUUCAUGAUGCAGCUUCAAUUUUUAGAAGAUAUUUAAAUGCCUUACCUGAACCAAUUAUACCUCUCGAUAUGUAUGAAUCAUUCCGUGAUCCAUUAAGAAAACGUCAAAGAAUAAGUAAUUAUUUUAAACAUUUGGCUCAAAAGCCAAAUAAAUCAUCAGCAAUUUCUUCAGAACCAUCAACAAAUCAAAGUAUCAAUGAAAUAUCUGGAUCUCAUCCUCUAACAGAAGUCAAUAUUGGUAAAUUAAAUAAUCACAAUACCCAAGAAAUAACACAACCACCUCAAAUAAAUCAACAUGAUAAUAAUUCAUCAUCAAAUUCACCUUCAGGUAUCUCCCAAGCAAAAUUUGAUAAUGAAAAGAAUAUAGAUUCCGACAAUAAUUUAGGAGCUGGUGGUGAAGUUCUUGAGAAAAAGACUAAACAAAGAAGAAAAUAUGAAAAAGUGAAAAAUGAUGUUCUUUUAGCUAUUGAAGAUUAUAACCAACUUAUUUCAGAAUUACCUCCAGCUUCAAAACAAUUGUUAUUAUAUAUCCUAGAUUUAUUAUCCAUGGUUCGUCUUGAAGUAGAUGUGAAUCUCAUGUCGUCAAGGAAUUUAGCUGCAAUUUUUCAACCUUCAAUACUAUCUCAUCCAGAUCACGAUAUGGAUCCCGAUGAAUAUGCUUUAUCCCAAACUGUAGUUGAAUUUUUAAUUCAAUAUUUCCAUUAUUUUUUACCAGAUUCUUCAUUUAGUUUGGAUUCUGAUGUUAAUAAGUUAAUAUCUAAUGGUAAUUCAAAACCAUCAUCUGAACAAAAUAAUGAAACAACCUCCACUAUAACUGCUACUUCAGGUGUUGAAGGUAGUAGUCAAGUAACAAAUGUGGCAGUGAAUUCUAAAUCUGGAGAUAAGCCGAAAUCAAAGUUAAAGUCUCAGUCCAGUUUUAAAAGACAACAUAGUAAAUCCUUCUCAUCGACUCCAGUGGAUCUAGAUAUGGUAGGGUAUGCUAAUAAGCAAACCCCACAAAUUGUUGUUUCUAAGAAGGAUUUUGGUAUUAGUGAUGAUGAUAAUGAUAAUGAAAAUGAAAAUGAAAAUGAAAUUGAUACUACUACAUGUGAUGAUAAUGAUAACUAGGAUCCUAUUUAAUUAUUUAUUAGUAUAUAAUCGUAAAUAGCU